GUAAAAAAAAAUAUCUAUUUUGUGUUUUAUUGACUUUGCUAGGUAGUCGUUGUAGGAUCGACUACUUACGACUAACUAGCACGGAUGCGCGACUGCGCGUGUGCGCACAUCCGGGACCACCGUUCGCUAGUAGUACCUACAUCUGUUUAUUCGAUUUUUUUUUGCUCCGCUACCAUUUUAAAGUACUUUUCACUUUUAAUUUGUGCUUUUUGCUAGUUUUAAUUGGCGACCCACUUUCUUUCUCUUCCGGAGAGUCAAAGAAGUUCAUAAUAUAUGAAGGGGAACAACUUCAUACGUUGCAGAUUGCACAUGAUAAGAAAGAGGUCGAUUUAAUUGCUAAUUGUGCACCGACUGAUUGCGAACGGAGAACGAAUAUCAGACGACAUUGGCAUCGCAGCAUUGUUUCCAUCAAAAUUUAUCACCUUCAAAGCUGAAAGAAAAUAAUAACCCUAGAGAAUUACAGUAAAAUAUUUCUUCUGAACUGAAAUUGAUAGCAAUAUUUCUUAACUGUGUGGAAUGUCUACAAAAUGAUUUUAUACACAAAUUAAACUUGGAUAAUUUUAAACAGAAUCUUACAUCAGCUUUAGACAUUAGCAGAGACAGCAGUCAAUGGAAAUAAGGCUGUAAAAUUAUUUGUUUGGAAUAAACUUUUGAAUGUAAACAGGAAAUAUAUCCAUGUGAUCAUGACAAUAAAAUAAUGGACAAAUGGAUUGUGUGAGAAAGCUGGAAAAUAUAUUAUUAUUGUGAAGAGAUGUCGAAAGAGAAACCACAACCAAGAUAUCAGUGCAAUAUCUGUAAAACGUUUUUCACUUACAAACAUAGUUUAACUACCCAUAAACGAAUUCAUACAGGAGAGAAGCCGUUCCACUGUGAUAUUUGUGGUGAAUCAUUCCUUGCUCGAAGUGACUUAACUAAUCACGAACGUAUUCAUAUUAGUAAGAGGCUAUUUCCCUGUGAUAUCUGUGGUAAAUUAUCCUCUUGUGGAAGUUCCUUGAGAUCUCACAAACGUAUUCAUACGGGGGAGAAGCCAUUUCACUGUGAUAUCUGUGGUAAAUCAUUCUCUCAAAGUAGCAUUUUGACUUCUCACAAACGUAUUCAUACAGGAGAGAAGCCAUUUGAAUGCGAUAUCUGUGGUAAAUCAUUCCCUGCUGCAAGUUCUCUAACAUCUCACAAGCAUAAUCAUACAGGAGAGAAACCGUUUCACUGUGAUAUCUGCGGUAAAUCAUUCUCUUUUCGAAGUGCCCUAAUAUCUCACACGCGUAUUCAUACUGGAGAGAGGCCAUUCCACUGCGAUAUCUGUGGUAAAUCAUUCUCUGAAAGAAGGAAUUUGACUAAUCACGAACGUAUUCAUACUGGUGAGAAGCCAUAUAACUGUGAUAUCUGUGGUACAUCAUUCUCUCAAAGUAGCAAUUUAACCAUCCACAAACCUAUUCACACAGGUGAAAAACCAUAUCACUGUGAUAUCUGUGGUAAAUCAUUCUCUCACAGUAAAAUUUAACCAACCACAGACAUAUUCACACAGGUGAAAAACGAUAUCACUGUGAUAUCUCUCAAAGUAGCAAUUUAACCAACCACAAGCAUUCACACAGGUGGAAAACGAUAUCACUGUGAUAUCUGUGGUAAAUCAUUCUCUCAAAGUAGCAAUUUAACGAAACACAAACAUAUUCACACAGGUGGAAAAUGAUAUCACUGUGAUAAAUCAUUCUCUCACAGUAAAAUUUAACCAACCACAGACAUAUUCACACAGGUGAAAAACGAUAUCACUGUGAUAUCUGUGGUUAAUCUUUCUCUCACAGUAAAAUUUAACCAACCACAGACAUAUUCACACAGGUGAAAAACGAUAUCACUGUGAUAUCUGUGGUAAAUCAUUCUCUCACAGUAAAAUUUAACCAACCACAAACAUAUUCACACAGGUGGAAAAUGAUAUCACUGUGAUAAAUCAUUCUCUCACAGUAAAAUUUAACCAACCACAGACAUAUUCACACAGGUGAAAAACCAUAUCACUGUGAUAAAUCUUUCUCUCAAAGUAGCAAUUUAACCAACCACAAACAUUCACACAGGUGGAAAACGAUAUCACUGUGAUAUCUGUGGUAAAUCUAUCUCUGAAAGUAGCAAUUUAACCAAACAUGAAAGUAUUUAUAAAUGGGAGAAACCAAAUCACUUUGAUAUCACUGUAAAUCAUUCUCUGCAAAAGGUAAAUUAACUAUGCACACACGUAUUCACACAAGGGAAAAGCCAUAUCAUUAUGCUUUCUGGGGUAAAGCUGACUGUUCUGACCACGUCAGUCCAUAACCCGCCCGACAUCUUGUACAGGAUGGUGUAAGUAUAUAUAUAUAUAUAUAUAUAUAUAUAUAUAUAGCUAUUUCUUUACUACCCACAAGGGGCUAAACACAGAG